UUGCAGUAUAGCCCAGACAACGUCGCUGGAGCAGAUGGAGACAUUGACCCCACUGAAAUCACUUUUCCAGGGUGUUCUUGUCUUACCAGCUCCUGCGUGGUUCACACAUGCUCGUGUCUACGCCUUGGUGAAAAUUACAACAGUUUGUGUCUGAGGCCUACAGGUGAAGAGGAGGAGUACACCAGGCCUGUUUUUGAAUGCAAUGCCAUGUGCCAAUGUGGUGAAUCCUGUCAAAACAGGGUUGUUCAGAGGGGCUUGCAGCUCAGACUUGAGGUAUUCAAGACUGAAAAGAAAGGGUGGGGUCUUCGUACUCUGGAAUUCAUAGCUAAAGGAAGAUUUGUUUGUGAAUAUGCUGGUGAAGUUUUAGGCUUUAAUGAGGCACGUAGAAGAAUUCAGGCCCAGACAUCAAAGGAUUCGAACUAUAUUAUAGUGGUGAGGGAGCACCUCCAUAAUGGUCAGAUAAUGGAGACAUUUGUUGACCCUACAUGCAUUGGUAAUAUAGGCAGAUUCCUGAAUCAUUCUUGUGAACCAAAUUUAUUUAUGGUGCCAGUUCGAGUUGACUCAAUGGUGCCUAAACUGGCACUUUUCGCAGCCACUGAUAUUUCUGCAGGAGAGGAACUUUCAUAUGAUUAUUCUGGAAGAUUCCAUAAUUUACCAAUAACUAACAGAGAACAAAAAUAUUUAGAGGAAGAUAACAGAUUGAGAAAACCUUGUUACUGUGGUUCCUGCACAUGUGCUUCCUUCUUACCUUGGGACAGCUCCCUCUUUUCUGCACCAGACACUUGCUCAGGGAGCUCUCUGUAGCUUUUCAGUCCCAAAGUAUACCUAAAAAUAUAAUUUUCCUUAGCAGUUAAAUUGCAGUUGAAUAAAACUCUGUAUUCCAGCAAGGAAGCAUGUGUGGUUUUGAGUAACAGCUGGAAGACAAGAUUUUGAGAAUAACUUCAUGCAGCAUCCUAGAGACUGUUUUCAAGGUGGAUGGUAUGAAGGAGCACUGGAGCUUCAGGAUGUUCCAAAGUCAGUUACUAAGCCAGGCCUGGUGUUUUUUUCUUGUUUUCUUCUGACAGCUUGCUGUAAGUUAAACCUCUCUCAAUUUGUACCUUUCAGAAAAAAUGAACUUUAACAUUGGUACACAGAAAGGACGUUACUGAAAAUUACACAAGAGAAUGAGACAAAGGAAUGUUGAUA